GANGUCUACAUCAAUGACAUCGUUAGUGGAGCGUGUGCUGUUGAAGGUGAGCCAAAGAUAUUGAAAAAGAAAGGCGCAACAGCAUGGGUGGACGGUGCAAAUUUGUUGGGUCCUGUUGUUGGUAACUUUUGCAUGAAACUGGCCAUUGAUAUGGCGAAAGAGGUGGGCAUCGGAUGGGUGGUAACGAGAAACUCGAAUCAUUUCGGUAUUGCCGGAUGGUAUGCGAUGCAGGCGAUGAAAGCUGGAAUGAUUGGAAUGGCAUUUACAAACACUUCACCGUGCGUUUUUCCCACUCGAUCGUGCGAGAAGGCGCUCGGCUCGAAUCCGAUAUGUAUGGGUGCUCCGGCCGCUGAUGGCGAUUCAUUUUUAUUGGAUAUGGCCUCCACAACGGUUGCCUACGGAAAAGUGAGUGGUUGA